UACGGCUAUUAUUGAGCCAGCUUUUUGGCUCAGCGGAUUACCUGUCAAUCAAUUUCAACUUUCAAGUACUAUAUCUUCUUUAAAAAAUGGCGGAUGGUAUAGUGGAUUUAUACAAGAUAUUUCGUGAGGAUAUUCCUUCAAUUUUUAACCAGGCUUUGCGGAAUCUUUAUUGCAAUGAUGUCAAUGUUUUAGAAUAUUUUGAAAGACGACUAGAUGAUCACAUCCAUGUUAUUAAAGCCGUCAUCGAUCAAUGUUCACAAACGAGAGCCAACGAAGAGUUGGUUGAGCUUUUGCUAAGUGUUCAUCAUGAAGUGAAUUGUUUACAUGAAAAUAUACAGCAGCUUUGUUUUCAGCAUAGAGAUUACCACUCGGAACUAGGGUUUGUGUGCCCUGUCGAACGAUCUGAACAUGCCGGAAGACCAAGAUUUCAAGUGCCCCAAAGAGUGAUUUCUGGUUUGUAUGACAUUCAUCGAUCGUGGGUAGAGGUUGCAAGGGAGGCAGGCGUUUCUUACCGAACAAUUUUACGAAGACGUCACCAGUAUCAGCUGCCUGUGGCUGAAACUCGGGGUCCAAGAAACUCUUUCUCUGAAAUUUCUCAGGAACAUUUGUGUGGCCAUGUUAGACAAGUCUUACAAUUACUACCUCAUGCUGGCGAAACCUACAUGAUAGGGGCUUUAAGAAGCCGAGGAAUUUUUGUGCAAAGAAGGCGAAUUAGAGAAGCUAUCUACACUGUUGAUCCAGUUAGUCGGGCAUUGAGGCGCCAACAAGCUGUGACCAGGAGAACCUACAAUGUUCCUUGUCCAAAUGCCCUAUGGCAUGUUGACGGCCAUCAUAAACUUAUUCGCUGGAGAUUGGUCAUACAUGGAGGAAUCGAUGGAUUUAGCCGCUGCAUAGUUUAUUUAUGUUGCAAUACCAAUAAUAGGGCAGACACAGUGGCAUCAUUGUUUGUAAAUGCUGUUGAACAUUUUGGCUUACCAUCUCGUGUUAGGUCAGACAUGGGCACUGAGAAUGUGGAUAUAGCAAGGUACAUGUUGCAUCACCCUGAUAGAGGGCCUAACCGAGGGAGUAUGAUCACAGGAAAGAGUGUUCACAACCAGAGGAUUGAGCGCCUCUGGUUGGAUGUGAAAAUGAAUGUGGUUACUUACUAUCGUAACAUAUUUUACUACCUUGAACAAUGCAACUACUUAAACCCGACAUUAUGGCACUCUGGAAUCAAUGCAGUUACCAACUCUGAUUAUCGUGCUGUUGAUAGUAUCUUUGCAGCCCAGGAGGACUGGAAUGAUUAUGGGAUUGGUGGUGGACCCCCAGUUGGUGGUGACACUGAUAAUUAUGUGGAAGUUCCAGAGGUCAACUUUGAACCCACCCAAGAACAUUUCAAGAACUGCAGACCGUGUUAUUCCAUUGUCUGA